AUGGAUAAUAAGGGAUUCCAAGAUCAGGAUCAACAACAACGUGAGAAGAUAAAGAAAAUGUUUAGCUGGACCGAUGGACUUCCUAGUGACAAAGGCGCGGGUACUGAAGAUCUUACAAACGUAAAUAUGAUGAUGCAAAGCAACACAGACAGCAAUGCCGAUCUGACGAUUAUAGCAUCGAAUACUGUCCUAGCAACGCCCAGUCUGAACAACCUUGCUUGGAACCGUCAACAGGCAGUUAGUGUCAGACAUGCUUUCAAAACCUAUGGUAGCAAUAAGAAUCCGAACCAUGUCAUACAAAAUCUUAAUAUGACAGUGGCCAAAGGCUCGAUAUAUGGAUUGCUGGGUGCCAGCGGAUGUGGAAAGACUACUUUGCUAUCUUGUAUCGUGGGCCGGAGAAGAUUAAAUGCAGGUGAGAUCUGGGUUUUGGGUGGUAAGCCUGGAACGAAGGGUUCCGGCGUGCCUGGAAAAAGAGUCGGCUAUAUGCCGCAAGAAAUUGCCCUUUAUGGCGAGUUUUCUAUCCGUGAGACUAUGAUGUACUUCGGCUGGAUAUUUGGAAUGUGCACGGCCGAAAUCGUCGAGAGGCUGCGUUUUUUACUACAAUUUCUCGAUCUACCUUCGCAAAAUCGCUUGGUAAAGAAUCUCAGUGGCGGUCAACAGAGACGAGUAUCCUUUGCGGUAGCUCUCAUGCACGAUCCGGAAUUGUUGAUUCUAGAUGAGCCAACUGUAGGCGUAGAUCCGUUAUUAAGACAAAGCAUAUGGAAUCAUCUGGUUCAAAUUACAAAAGAUGGUAAUAAAACUGUCAUCAUAACAACGCAUUACAUCGAAGAAGCUCGACAAGCGCACACGAUCGGUUUAAUGAGAAGCGGCCGAUUAUUGGCCGAAGAAGCACCCAGGACUCUCCUACAAAUGUACAACUGUAUUUCUCUUGAAGAAGUUUUUCUGAAACUGUCUAGAAAGCAAGGACAAUACACGCAAUCUGCGACGGAACUAAAUAUUUCGAAUAAUAUUAGUUUGGCUUCUUUGAAUUGGGGCAAAAAAGACGAGUCGAUAUACGUAACGGAAGAGUCCGGUGUUGUCGGUCUCAACUUUCAUCAAAGUAAAGAGGUUUUGAUUCAUGACUCCACUAAUGGAAUAGCGAAUCAUUAUGACAUAAAUGGCAAAUCACUGCCAGGUACGAAGAUUGGAUCUAUUUUGGAAUGCGAUGAUUGUGAUUUUACAAAUUGUUAUAAGAUUACUAGUUGGGGCAAGAUUAAAGCACUUCUACAGAAAAAUUUCCUGCGUAUGUGGAGAAAUGUUGGUGUAAUGUUGUUUAUUUUCGCCUUGCCAGUAAUGCAAGUAAUACUCUUCUGCUUGGCAAUUGGAAGAGAUCCAACAGGACUGAAGCUAGCUAUCGUGAACAAUGAGAUGUUUUAUGAAAAUAUGACGUGUCCCAUUUCGGAGGAUUGUACUUUCACGUUUCUUAGUUGUCGAUAUCUUAAAUUUCUGGAUAACGAAACAAUGAUAAAAAUAUAUUAUCCUGACCCAGAUUCAGCAAUGGAGGCUGUACGUAAAGGGGAAGCGUGGGGCACAUUGUAUUUUACAGAAAAUUUCACAGAUGCUUUAGUAGCUAGAAUGGCUUUAGGAAGGGAUUCUGAUGACGAAACACUUGACCAAAGCGAGAUUAGGGUUUGGCUGGAUAUGUCUAAUCAACAAAUUGGUUUGAUGCUGGCAAGAAAUCUGCAAUAUUCAUACAGAGAUUUUGCUAAAGACCUUCUAUCAUCUUGUGAACAGAAUACAAAAUUAGCCGAUGUACCAAUUCAAUUCAAGGAUCCCAUUUAUGGUACAAACGAACCCAGUUUUACCGACUUUGUGGCACCAGGUGUAAUAUUGACAAUCGUUUUUUUCUUGGCUGUUGCAUUGACGUCAUCCGCGCUUAUUAUCGAAAGAAUGGAAGGCCUAUUGGAUCGAAGUUGGGUUGCCGGUGUCUCGCCUGGCGAGAUUCUGUUUUCCCACGUAAUUACGCAAUUUGUAGUGAUGUGUGGUCAAACGGCACUAGUAUUGAUAUUCAUGAUUCUUGUAUUUGGUGUUGAAUGUAAAGGCGAAAUUGGCUGGGUUAUUACAUUGUCAAUACUUCAGGGCCUUUGUGGCAUGUGUUUCGGAUUUGUGAUAUCAGCAAUUUGCGAACUCGAAAGAAAUGCUAUACAGCUGGCUCUAGGCAGUUUUUAUCCCACGCUUCUUCUCAGCGGUGUAAUAUGGCCAGUAGAAGGCAUGCCGACGUUUCUACGGUACAUAUCGCAAGGACUGCCGUUAACAAUGGCAACGACUGCUUUGCGUUCAAUGCUGACUCGUGGCUGGAGCAUUACGCAACCGAACGUUUAUAAUGGAUAUAUCUCUACAAUCAUCUGGAUUAUUGUGUUCCUUACAAUAAGCUUUUUGGUGCUGAAAUUUAAACGUGGAUAAGAAGGAUAGUUCACUUCCGUCUUUGCGAUUGCAUUUUGUGUACAGUGUCUUGCGAACAUUGCAAAAGAUAGACGGAAGAAGUGGAUUAGUACGAAUCAGAAUUAGGAAGUAUUACAUGUCUUUGAAGAAAAGAAGAAAGAAUGGUAACUACGCAUCUCUUGAAUAAAACAAAUCAAUCGAAAUUGUCGAUACAAUGUUAAACAGCGUGGAAACUGCGUUUGUAUCUGAUAUCAAAGUAAUUUUUCGAGAAAAUCUUGUUUGUUUAUUUAUAUUGUAACUAGGAAUUAUAGAAUCAACGAAAUAUAUUUUUAAUCGUACAAAGUUGGCAAAUAUUGUAGAUGUAAUUGAAUAUUGUUAAAAAAGAACAUUAAAAGACUUCUAACUUGUUUUCUUGAGAUUUGUCUGAUUUGUCUUUUGUUACGUUGUAUCUUUUGUCGUCUAUUGAAGUCAUAUUUUUGUUAGUUUGGUUGCGAUGUUUCAUGAAUAUUUAAGUCUACUCCAUCAGAGAAAUAGAUAACUAUUUUAGCAGAAAAGUAUGAGGUUAUUUCUCUUCCUGAUAAAGUGGACUCAAAUAUUCAGGAAACGUCGGAAUCAAAGUGGUUCCAACCUGGAAGCCAAAUUAGAUAAUAAUAACUAUCAAUACAAAAGCCAAAAAUUUUUAUGAAUUUUAUUAUUUGGCAAAAUUGUUUGUCCGCCCACGAAGUCAUUUAACAUUUAACAAAUAACAUAUAUGACAUAAUAAGAAUAAACAUAUUUUUUAUUAAAAAGGAUCUUUGUUCAAAUGUAGUCGAUAUAUUUUUGUGUCUCGAUCAGCAGAUUGUCUUUGAUUCUAGCUGUCGAAGUGUCACUGACAUAGGAUCUCUCGAUACAUUCCAUGGUGAAUGGAACCUCUGAUUUAUGCUUCUAUGAAUGCUAAUGUGUUUGUAAAGAUAUUUCUAGCUUCUAGAUAUGUUACCUACCACGUAGCACUUGCGUGUGCACGUUUUAUGUGUUUCUUCUGUGUAUGAUAAGAACUUAAAUAAAUGUAUUAUGACAUACAUGAAA